UUCACAAGAUGGCGGCGCGCUGGAAGCGUCACAUCUGCGUUUCUUGGAGCUUCACGCAGCGGGUGGUAAAAUUCUGAGAUUUUACAGGCCCACACCAGGCACAAAAUCGGUGAGGAACAUCGCUGACAAAGAUGGCGCCAAUUAAAUCAAUGCACGAAAGAAAUAGAUACAAGGACAUACCUCCUGACUUUGCAUAUCUGGCAUCCAAAUACCCAGAUUUUAAGCAGCAUGUUCAGAUAAAUCUGAAUGGAAGAGUAAGUGUUAAUUUUAAAGACCCUGAAGCAGUCAGAGCUCUGACUUGUACUCUCCUAAAGGAAGAUUUUGGACUUUCUAUUGAUAUUCCACUGGAAAGACUAAUUCCCACAGUUCCGUUGAGACUCAACUAUAUUCAUUGGGUGGAAGAUCUGAUUGGUCAUCAGGACUCUGACAAAAGUACUCUCCGAAGAGGAAUCGACAUAGGUACUGGGGCAUCCUGCAUCUAUCCCUUACUUGGAGCAACCUUAAAUGGCUGGUAUUUCCUUGCUACAGAAGUGGAUGAUAUGUGUUUCAACUACGCAAAGAAAAAUGUGGAACAGAAUAACUUAUCUGAUCUCAUAAAAGUGGUAAAAGUGCCGCAAAAGACACUCCUGAUGGAUGCUCUUAAAGAAAAAUCUGAAAUAAUCUAUGAUUUUUGUAUGUGCAACCCCCCCUUUUUUGCUAACCAAUUGGAAGCCAAGCUGUCCCCUGCUCUGCACUCAUGGAAGUCUUCUGGGAAGUUUUUCACCUACAAGGGACUACACAUCUUCUACCAGGACUGCUUUGGCUUCAGUGACACAUGGAGACCACACCACUAUUCCAUAUUUAAGCAGGCCAGCAUUGUGGAGGUGCUUUUGCACCACCUAGGACUCCAGAACCGUAGGAUCAACAUUGUUGCUCAGGAGCUGUUGUAUAGGUGGUAUAGCUGUAUGUUGGGAAAAAAAUGCAGCCUGGCUCCGCUGAAAGAAGAGCUUCGCAUCCAAGGGGUUCCCAAAGUUACCUUUACUGAGUUUUGUCAAGGUCGGACAAUGAGAUGGGCCUUAGCUUGGAGUUUUUAUGAUGAUGUCACRGUACCAUUACCACCAAGUAARCGAAGAAAAUUAGAGAAGUCAAGAAAACCCAUUACAUUUGUAGUGUUGGAGUCUGUGAUGAAAGAAUUAUCCCUCAAAGCAUCAUCUUUGGGCUCUGAGACAGUGGAGGGCAUAGUGGUUGUGACAACAUGGAUAGAAAAAAUUCUCACUGAUUUAAAGGUCCAGCAUAAACGAGUUCCCUGUGGAAAAGAGGAAGCUAGUCUUUUCCUGACAGCCAUAGAAAACUCCUGGAUUCACUUAAGGCGAAAGAAAAGAAAGCAAGUGAGACAACUGAGGGAAGUGCCUCGAGCUCCUGAGGAUGUCAUACAGGCCUUGGAGGAGAGAAAAGCCAUCCCCAGAGAGUCGGGCAAUAGCCAGGAUGUGGCCCCGAGCCCCCAGGAGGGUACCCUUUGUGGGUCUGCUCUGCAGGAGGGCGAGUCUGCCACUGUUGGGGGCUACUGCCCAAGCCAGGAGUCACUGUCCCAAGAGGAAACCCCAGAACCCAUGGAGGAUGAAAGGAGUGAGGAAAGGGGAGGGGAGGAGGUUGUGGAAAGUUGUAAAGUCUCUUGCAACGAAACCCAGGACCGAGAGGCUUCUGAGCAAUAUAGCAACCCAGGGGCCGAAAAGGGGAAGCCCCUCCAAGGAGCAGCUGGACAUUACCUAUUUAAGUGUUUGAUAAACAUUAAGAAGGAAAUGGAUGAUGCCUUAGUUGAAAUGCAUUGGGUUGAGGGCCAGAACAGAGAUUUGAUGAACCAGCUUUGUACCUAUAUACGUAACCAGAUUUUCAGGCUUGUUGCUAGUUAACUCCAUACUUCUUGCAGUUACAAGAGUGUCUGUAGAGGACUGGGGGUGUUAGCUCAGCUUCGCAUGCGGAAGGCCCUGAGUUCCAUCCCCAGUACCACCACCCCCCCCCC